UUCAAGAUUCUUAGCGUCCAUCCUUUGUUUUUUUUGCCUGUUCUUAAAGCCCAGAGAGAGAGUAGCUUGAGAACACAUCUGUCCAAUGGAAAUCAUCGAGGCUUCUUCAUGUUCUUUUGCUCCAGGUGAUCGUGAUAGCCCCCGACAUUCCCAGUGGCUUCAGAAAACUCUAUCAGACAUGAACGAGAGAAUGAAAGCCAUGAUGACUCUUUUGGAAGAAGAUGGCGAUUCUUUAGAUAGAGUUGCCAGUCGUUGCAAAAGAAGGCUGGAGCUUGUUCAAAUGCUAGAAGAGUUCAACAGAUCUUAUCGCCAUUUAGCUGAAACAUGUGACAGGUUGAGUUCUAAAUUCCUUGUCAAAGAUUCAGGGCCUGCACCUUUGCAUUCCACAAUUGACAGUAACAAGGAUACACCAAUAGAAAGCUCUGAUAAUUCUAACUCCGAGAUUUUAGAUUCCCACCCUCAAUACGUUGUUGAAGAUCCUGAGAUCAAAUGUGACAGCACUAACUUCGACGUUGAAUACCUGGACAAACUAGUGGAUGAACUGAUGUUGACUGAAGAAUGCAAGAUGAAAUUAAAAGCGAAACGUGAAAUUAGAGAAAAUCAAAUGGAUAAGAAAGGCAGAGACUUUUUCCGAGUAGAAAGUAUCAGUACGAAUAUGAAUGAUUAUGGCGAAGUUCAGGCUACUGCAAGAGACUUCUCAGAGGGUAGUGGUUUCGAGUGGGACAAUACAUGGUGUGAACUCAAGUUUCAAAUCACAAACCUUAUGGAGGAAAAUCUGCAGCACCAGGCCGAGUUAGCAAGGAGAAACAUUGAAAAGAAACUGGUAAUUGAUAAGCUCCGGCUACAGCUAGAACAUUUGAAGGCUGAGAACAGGUCCCUCCAGGGCUGCAUCAGCUGUUCAAAAGACGGAGAGAAGCGCAACUCAUUGCAGAGAAGAGGACUGCUCUCGGGUAAGUUUUUUGGAGGAGGUUGUACAUGAAUUGUCAUUUGACUCAUUUCC